AAAGGGCGGAGAUGGUCGAGCCCGCCCGCUGACUUUGUGCAUCUCUUACUCUAUCCUUUGUGGAAUCAGCCUCUUCCCGCUCCCCUGCCGGAGCCCGGGCCGUGGGCGGCUCUCGAGCACUGCCCUGGGAAUGCAACCCCCGCGGCUCGCGACUCGCCACCCGGUUUCUCCAGGCUGCGGGAGCACUGACGCUCGCGCGCGCCGCGUCCGGCUGAUCCUCUUAGCUGCUCUGCAACGAUUCCGAGCCAGUUCAGCAGCGUUUUAGAAGGAAACUCGUUCAGGGAUGAACUGAACUGAAAAGUGAGGAGAGGCUCAAAUCUGAUCUCUAACGGAUUCCUUCCUCUAAUGUCAGAUAAUGCCCGGAAACGUUGCCACCAAAUAAGUAGGAGAGCAUUAUUUUUGAAAAGCAGUUAACCCCUACCAAAAUAUAAAACGCCAGAGGAAAGAAGGUGAGACUGGAAGACAAGGAAGCCCUUUGCGGUCGCUGGUGGAGGAAGCGCGACUCUGGGGACCGGCUGGGUUCCAGUCCGUGUGCUUCAGCACCGGAGGGGAUGGACAGCGUCUCCGGCCUGGGCUGCUGCCGCCCGGACACAGCGGAGCUGCCGUCGCCGCCACUGCCGUCGCCGCGGGCAUCUGGGCUCCCUGCUCUUCGCAGCUAGAAGGAGGUGCCGCCUGACACCCCUUGCCCCCCCCUCCUUCCUUGAUAGACGAAAACCCUCUUUAUCCACCUGCUAUAGCUACCAUACAGGGCUCUGAGGAGUCCUCUUGUUCCACAGAUUAAACUCUGAGCAACAACUUCAAGAAUAAUUCUCCGUAGGGUGUUGGGAGGAAUGCAAGCUGGAGAGUGAAGUUGAAGUUCUUAGAGGCUCCGAAAAACCAUGGGCUCUGCAGAAGGGGUUGAAAUACUCAAAGGCCCACACUUCAUGAAAUAAACAGAAUGCUCACCAGAGGGUUGCAACUAUUUUGUAAAUAGCCUUGUGAGAAGAGAUUUCAGAUCUACUCACAUCCCCACGUUAGAGAAACUGAACGACUUCUAAUUCCUUUACUUGGCUGACUAUUCUCCAGAAUGUUGGGAUUGCCAGAGAAGUGACCUCUGAAAAAGGAAAAUAUUGCUCUACCUAAAUUCAAACAUCCUUUGCGGUGCCUUAGCACAUGGAUUUCAGGACUGCCUGUGAAGAGACAAAGACAGGGAUCUGUUUGCUGCAGGAUGGUAAUCAGGAGCCUUUCAAAGUUCGGCUGCACCUAGCCAAAGAUAUUUUGAUGAUCCAGGAACAGGAUGUGAUAUGUGUGUCGGGUGAGCCUUUCUAUUCUGGUGAAAGAACGGUGACCAUUAGAAGACAAACUGUAGGAGGAUUUGGAUUAAGCAUAAAGGGGGGAGCAGAACAUAAUAUUCCAGUUGUCAUUUCAAAAAUCUCCAAGGAGCAAAGAGCGGAACUUUCAGGACUGCUUUUUAUAGGAGACGCAAUUCUACAGAUAAAUGGAAUCAAUGUGAGAAAAUGCAGACAUGAAGAAGUGGUUCAGGUGCUUCGGAAUGCUGGAGAAGAAGUGACCCUAACAGUGUCAUUUUUAAAAAGGGCACCUGCUUUCCUCAAACUCCCACUGAAUGAAGAUUGUGCAUGUGCUCCAAGUGACCAGAGCAGUGGCACCUCCUCACCUCUUUGUGACAGUGGCUUGCAUCUCAACUAUCAUCCCAACAAUACAGACACAUUGUCAUGUUCUUCAUGGCCAACAUCUCCAGGCUUGAGAUGGGAAAAGCGAUGGUGUGACCUUAGGCUGAUCCCGCUGCUUCAUUCACGUUUCUCUCAGUAUGUUCCUGGGACGGAUUUGAGUCGGCAGAAUGCUUUCCAAGUCAUUGCUGUGGACGGGGUCUGCAGUGGGAUUAUUCAGUGCCUCUCUGCUGAAGACUGUAUUGACUGGCUACAAGCAAUAGCAACUAAUAUUUCAAACCUCACAAAGCACAAUAUUAAAAAAAUCAACCGAAACUUUCCUGUAAACCAGCAGGUCUCUUCAGAUUUUCUGUUUCUUCAAGAUCCAAUGUUGAUAGUCUAUAUGGGCUGGUGUGAAGCACGGGAGCAGGACCCUCUACAAGAUCGUGCAUACUCACCAACAUUUCUAGCCCUAAGGGGAUCAUGUCUUUACAAGUUUCUGGCACCUCCAGUGACAACAUGGGACUGGACCCGAGCAGAGAAAACAUUUUCAGUUUAUGAGAUUAUGUGCAAGAUUCUCAAGGACAGUGACCUACUGGACCGGCGGAAACACUGCUUCACCGUGCAGUCCGAGUCUGGGGAGGAUCUCUAUUUCUCUGUGGAGUUAGACUCUGACCUCGCCCAGUGGGAAAGAGCCUUUCAAACAGCAACCUUUCUGGAAGUGGAACGGAUACAGUGCAAGACCUAUGCAUGUGUGUUAGAAAGUCAUCUCAUGGGACUCACCAUUGACUUUAGCACAGGAUUUAUCUGCUUUGAUGCUGCAACAAAGGCUAUACUUUGGAGGUAUAAGUUUUCUCAGCUUAAAGGUUCUUCAGAUGAUGGCAAGAGCAAAAUCAAAUUUUUGUUUCAGAAUCCAGAUACUAAGCAGAUUGAAGCAAAGGAGCUGGAGUUCUCAAAUCUGUUUGCUGUUCUUCACUGCAUUCAUUCAUUCUUUGCUGCCAAAGUAGCUUGUUUGGACCCUCUUUAUUUAGGCAAUCAGACUGCUGCUUCCACUGCUGCCAGCUCUAGUACUACAAGCAGAGCAAAGUAUACAACCUGACAUUCUGAGCUUGCAUUGCCACUUACCAUGACUAUAGAACCAGAAUAAACAUAGUCUUAAGUUUAGACCCUGGAAAAACAAUGGUAUCACCAAGUCAACAGUGAAUUCAGUUUGAAAUUUCAGCAGAAAACAAGGUCAUAAGGAAUCUCAAAAGUGCUUCUCUUUUGGAAGACAGUUGUGAAUAAUUUUAAAUGAACAUAACAGCUUGUUCUCACUCAGCCCAUUUGUACUAGUAUUUCAUUGAAAGUGAAGACAAAAGAAUGAAUGAUUCAAAGUAUGUAAAUAAUAUAAAAAUUGUAAGCUACCUAUAAAUAAAAAUACCACUUAAAUGGUUAUUUCUGUAUUUUAGAUUAUUUUGUAUGACAAAUACAUGUUGGGCCAGAUCAUGAACUAAUGCCCUAUCAUUGAAUUAUGAGUGAUAUAAAGAAGGCAAAAACAAAACAAAACAAAACAAAACAUGGCAGCAAGGAAAAAAGCAUGCAGAAAGUUCAUCAAUGAAGAAAGCACUUUAAUUUGCAGAUGCAGAUUUUUUCCUUGUAUUCUCAUUCUGUGAUAUGACACUGGCACUCCAAUUUUGUUUAUCUUAUUGUCAGCUAUUCCUAACAUUUUCAAAAGAAUAAAUAUAUCAAUUCUAUGAUAGUCACAAUGUAAAAUGUACUACUUUUCCUUAAUCACUGAUACUAACAUUUUAUCGCUGCUACUGUCAACCAAAUAUGCUGAAAUGUGUUAAUUUAACCACAAAGAUAACAUUCAUGAACCUCUUAUUCUUUCCUUCAUUUAAGGAGAUUUAUACUUACUUAAUUGAAUUUAUUAUCAAAUUAAAGUUUCAUAAAUUUCAGUGACCCCAAAAGCUUUUGUAGUGAAAAUAAUAUAAAAAAUGUGAUGUGAGAAACAAUUAUUUGUAAUCCUAACUCUACUAGUUAAUCAUGGACUGAAAUGAUCUUAGAGGGUAGUCUCAAAGUUUUACUUAUUUCAGGUAAAUGACAUUUUCCCAUUUUAGUAAUAUUUUAUGAGAAAAUAAGGUGAGAUAUGAAAAUAAAAUUUUAAAUUUCUAACUUAUCAUAUCAUAAAAAGUGAUUCUAUAAUGGCAACCUAUGUGGGUUAUUUUAGUUAUCUUGUCUUAGUAAAUAAAAAGAGCCUGGGAAUUUGAAAGCA